AUGCAGCGCCCCAAACAACCCCCAAACCCCAUGGAUCCCAUCAUAGAAGGCCUAAAUUAUGCCCAAAGAGACGCCGUCACGUCCCCGGCAUCAAUUCUCCAAGUCCUGGCCCCGCCGGGCUCGGGAAAGACCAAGACGCUGACCGCGCGUGUCGCGUACCUGCUCUCGCACCAUGGGUACCAGCCGCAGGACGUCAUCUGUUGCACGUUCACGAUCAAAGCCAGUCGGGAGAUGCGGGAGCGGCUGGCCAAACUGGUCGGCGAUGACGUCCAGUCGAGAUUGAUUCUGGGGACGUUUCACUCCAUCUGUCGCCGGUAUCUGGUCAGCUAUGGCUACUUGAUUGGGCUGCGCCGGGGGUUUGGGAUUGCGGAUUCGAGCGACAGUCUAGCCAUUAUUAAACGAAUCGUAAAACGUCUACAACUCAACAUCCUCCCGAACGUCGCCCGCUCGCGCAUCUCGCAUCAGAAAGCCCACGGGAUCUCCCCGGACGAGGUGGCAAAGAAGUACGCGAGCAAUGCGGCGAAGAUCCAGGAAAACCGCGAGUUCAUCCAGGUGUAUCGCGAGUACGAGGCGCAUCUGGCGGCGUCCCAUCUCCUCGACUACGACGACCUCCUCGUGCGGUGCGCGGAGCUCCUGCGCCGCCAUCCGAGCUGUGUGUCGAAUGUGCAAGCUGUGCUGGUGGACGAGUUCCAGGACACCAACCACAUCCAGUACGAGCUGAUGAACCUGUUCGCGUCACAGAACCGCCGGAUCACUGUCGUCGGCGACCCCGACCAGAGCAUCUAUGGGUUUCGUUCGGCGGAGAUCAAGAAUCUGGGGCGCAUGCAACAGCGGUACCGAGAUACGGCGGUUGUGCUCCUGGAGGACAACUAUCGCUCGUCGGGGUCCAUUCUGAGCUCCGCGCAGGACGUCAUCGAGCAGGAUACUUCGCGGCCCGCGAAGAAGCUCCAGCCCACGCAUAGUGUGGGCACGAUGCCUGUACUGCGCAAGUUGCCGACCGCAGACGCAGAGGCACAGUGGAUUGUGCUCGAGAUCAAACGGUGCAUGGCCAUGACGGGGAAGCUCCUUGAUCACUCCGACUUUGCGAUCCUGCUGCGGUCCGCGUCGCUCUCGCGGCAAAUCGAGUCGGAGAUGGGGAAGCAUGGCAUACCGUACAGGAUGGUCGGGGGGCUGCGGUUCUUCGAUCGCGUCGAGAUCAAGCUACUCCUGGACUAUCUGAGGGUGAUCAGCCAGCCGGGCAACACGGACGCACUGCUGCGCAUUAUCAACGUUCCCUCGCGGAAGAUCGGCGAGGAGACGAUCCGUUCGCUGAUGAGCGGCGCAGAGAAAAACAAAAAGCCUCUCUGGGAUUUUAUCAAAGACGUCGCGCAGGGUCGCCGGUCGACCGAGAAGACCCUCUCGAAGCCGGCCAACCACGGGCUCUGCACGUUUGUUGGUCUGAUUGAGUCUUCGAGACGGAAGCUGCUGGAAUGCACGGACAACUCGGCCCCCCGGAAGCUCCUCGACUACGUGAUUAAGAGACUUUCGUUUCGGGACUAUCUUACGACGAUGUACGGUACGAACGAGGAAAAUCGCUGGGCUAAUGUGGAAGAGCUGCUGGGACAGGCGGACGACACAAAGGCAGACGAUGAUACCGAGCAGGACGACCGUCUGCCAGAGAUCGAAGGCCUCGCGCAACAGGAAGCCCACGCCGGGGAGGAAGCUCUAUCUCGCUUCCUGGCCAAUGUGGCUCUGUCCACGGAGGUCCGCCCACAGGAGGGCGAGGACGGAACGCAAUCGCAGGAGAAAGUGACCAUCUCCACGAUUCACGCGGCAAAGGGCUUGGAGUGGCCCGUGGUCUUCGUUCCCGCCGUGUACAACGGCAGCAUCCCGCACUCGCGGGCCGACGACUGGGAUGAGGAACGACGGCUGCUAUACGUAGCGAUGACUCGAGCGCAAGCACUGCUAUACCUGAGCUACCCGCUCGAGCAGGCCCGUAGCGGCGAAGAGACAACCGUGUCCGACUUCCUCCCAGACAAGAUUGUUGAAUCCCGUUUCCGCUGCAUCGGACCCAGUCUGAGGGAGAAGACGGUCUACGACAUCGCCGACAUCCUCCGCCGACCGAGGCCGUCCGCCGAGGCGAUAAACGAGGGACAGGUUUCGCUGAUCUCAACUCUCGACGAUCAAUGGACGCCCGAAGGACGGGAGGCGCCGGACGCCUUGCUGACAUGGGACGGCGUGAGGGUGACAGGAGAGGGGGAGCCAUACCCAAAACGACGUCGGUACGGUCCCCAAGAUUCCACAUCAACCACGGCGGUUCCUGUGUCGACGUAUUCCAUCGGGAGUUCGAACUUAUCCGUGACCACGACCAUGUCGUCAUUCGGGUUCUCGACCGCCAGAGAGUACAUCACCAGUACCGCCUCGACGACAGGGGGCCCGACAAUUCAGCCCAGGGCGUCCAACACAGGGAUCCCUGGUCGAAAAGCCAAUGAACUGUCACAGAAGAGCAUAUCGGGCUUCUUCAGCGGCGCCGCGCAGGCAACCCGCGGCGAAUCAGCGGCGCCGGGUCGCCACCAGCCACGGGGCAACCAUCGGGCGACUGAGCCAUCAGCACCACCUCCACCGCCUUCUGGUUGUCACCCCGGCUUGCGCAGCGGUAUGCCUCCCAACUUCUCAGUUCAUCGGCCACAAGUGCACCGCCCAACACGCCCCACCCUGGAGCCCUCCGACCCCAACCGCUACACGUGGCUGGGGACAUCCUCGACGACGACGGCGGGCACGUCGAAAGCAACUGUCCGACCGACGCUGCACAAAGGUUCGGAGAACGAAGAUGCUAGCAUGUACGGAGUAUGGGUGUCUGCCAGCAGAUGGACUCAGGAAGAGUCUAUGGCACGAGAAUUGAGGACCCUCGAAUCAACACCAUCAACUGUCCUCAAUAGGAAGACAGCACACGUAGGAGAUGAGUAA